AUGGCGGAGAAGGCGCUGGAGGCCGUGGGCUGUGGACUAGGACCCGGGGCCGUGGCCAUGUGCCGUGGCAUGGAGGACAGGCGGAGCCCCGAUGCUGACCAUAUGAAGGUGGAGAACCACAUCACCGAAGCCCAGCAGCAUGCCUCCCUGCAAGCAAUGAGGGACCUGGAGCUCAGAGAGGUUAAGCAACUUGCCUGAGGUCACACAGCUGGUUAUAAGACCCUCCUCAAGUGCCUGUCGGGUAAAUUCUGCCGCCGGGAGCUGAUCGGCAUCAUGGGCCCCUCGGGGGCUGGCAAGUCCACAUUCAUGAACAUCCUGGCAGGGUACAGGGAGUCUGGCAUGAAGGGGCAGAUCCUGGUCAACGGGAGGCCGCGGGAACUGAGGACCUUCCGCAAGAUGUCCUGUUACAUCAUGCAGGAAGACAUGCUGCUCCCACACCUGACGGUGUUGGAAGCCAUGAUGGUCUCUGCUAACCUGAAGCUGAGUGAGAAGCAAGAGGUGAAGAAGGAACUGGUGACGGAGAUCCUGACAGCACUGGGCCUGAUGUCCUGCUCCCACACGAGGACGGCCCUGCUCUCCGGUGGGCAGAGGAAGCGUCUGGCCAUCGCCCUGGAGCUGGUCAACAACCCGCCGGUCAUGUUCUUUGACGAACCCACCAGUGGUCUGGACAGCGCCUCCUGUUUCCAAGUGGUGUCCCUCAUGAAGUCCCUGGCCCAGGGGGGCCGUACCAUCAUCUGCACCAUCCACCAGCCCAGUGCCAAGCUCUUUGAGAUGUUUGACAAGCUCUACAUCCUGAGCCAGGGUCAGUGCAUCUUCAAGGGCGUGGUCACCAACCUGAUCCCCUACCUGAAGGGGCUCGGCUUGCACUGCCCCACUUACCACAACCCGGCUGAUUUCAUCAUCGAAGUGGCCUCUGGAGAGUACGGAGACCUCAACCCCAUGCUGUUCAGGGCUGUGCAGAAUGGGCUCUGUGCCAUGGCUGAGAAGAAGAGCAUCCCAGAGAAGAAUGAGGUCCCCACCCCUUGCCCCCCUUGCCCUCAGGAAGUGGAUCCCAUCGAAAGCCACACCUUUGCCACCAGCACCCUUACACAGUUCUGCAUCCUUUUCAAGAGGACCUUCUUGUCCAUCCUCAGGGACACGGUCCUGACCCACCUGCGGUUUGUGUCCCACGUGGUAAUCGGCGUGCUCAUUGGUCUCCUUUACCUGCACAUCGGUAACGAUGCCAGCAAGGUCUUCAACAACACCGGCUGCCUCUUCUUCUCCAUGCUGUUUCUCAUGUUUGCUGCCCUUAUGCCAACUGUGCUGACCUUCCCCUUAGAGAUGGCAGUCUUCAUGAGGGAGCAUCUCAACUACUGGUACAGCCUCAAAGCAUAUUAUCUGGCCAAGACCAUGGCCGACGUGCCCUUUCAGACAGACAGUGAUAAGAAUAAUGACCCCGUGAAUGACUCUGUAAAUCUUAUCCACGGCAGUGGGGGCUGGUGGAGUCCCUGGGGCCUUAGUGCUACUUGGUAUGGCUUUGAGGGUGUGAUUCUGACCAUCUAUGGCAUGGAUCGAGAAGAUCUGACCUGCCUGGAGGAGCACUGCCCUUUCCAGAAUCCACAGAGUAUUCUCCGAGCGUUGGAUGUGGAGGACGCCAAGCUCUACAUGGACUUCCUGGUCUUGGGCAUCUUCUUCCUGGCCUUGCGGCUGCUGGCGUACCUUGUGCUCCGUUACCGGGUCAAGUCAGAGAGAUAG